AUGUCUUGUCUCAUUCGAAAUAUUACUUCAUCUGCUAUUCAAGCAAUCAAUCAUUCAUCAAGUGGAACUCUACGGACGAUAUUAUCUGUUCAUGUUCGUACCCUAUUCUCAAGUUCAGCCAUUGGCCUUGAUAAUUUUAAAUUAGCUCGCGAACAACAUGCUUCACGCCAUGCUCCAUCGAUUGAUGGUUUCAAAAAACGUUUUUUUGAUUCUAUUACUAAACCUGAUUCACAAAUUUUCACUGAAGAUUUACGUAAUAUGAUUAUGUCUGCGAAUAGUGAUGAAGAAGUGGAUGCCGUUAUUCAAGCAUUGAGAAAAUAUAAUUCAAAUAAAGUUAAAUUUACUGAUUUUCAUUUUGGUUCACCUAUUAUGCGUCUAUUAUAUGUUCAAAAUAAGCCAGAUCUAGCCAUGAAACUUUUCAUGGAUGAAAGCUUAAAAGAUAUAUUUCAUGAUUCUGGAUCUGUUCUUAUCCUUUUAAAUAAACUAGUUGAAGAUAAACGUUAUGAGGAUGCUACUAAAAUAUUUGAAUAUGGUAUGCAACGUGGUUUUUCAACUGCAAGCGGUCGAGUAUUUCCAACAGAUGCUGUUACAUUAGCUAUUGAAGCAUUGUAUCGACAAAAUACAAAACAAUCAUUAGAAAAAGCCAAAGAUUUAAUAUCUAAAGUAAUUCAACGUGAUGCAGAUAUUAAUCCACGUACAGCUUCUAUGGUAGCUCUAUUAGCACUUCGACAUAAUGACUCGUCAUUUGCUAUGGAAAUUAUUGGUGCUGUUCGAGGACAAAAUUUAACUACAAUACAAAAUAUUCGAGCUAUUUGUUAUGCUGAAAUGGGACGAGCAGAAGAAGCAAUAAAUGUUGUUCACAUACUUGCUGAUCAACCACCCAUUGAUGAUGAUCGUCGACGAGUCUUUCCAAUUGUGUUAGAACACAUUAAAAAAUCUCUCGAAAAAUCUACAAAUGAAGAUGUUAAAAAUCGUUUUGAAGAUUUAUCAAAAUUUGUUACACAAAAUAAUCGAUUAUCAGCCACAGAUUUGACCGAUUUUCUCCUUGAACCAAUUAAUCGUCGUCAAGCAAUAGUCAACAAUCGAUUCAAUGUACAACAACCUUCUAGUGGUAAUUUUCAACGACCUGGCACUAAUUAUCGUGAUGCUGGCUUUCGGGGAGGUUAUAAUAAACAAUCGAAUAAUGGAAGACAAGCGAAUUCUGGUAAUCGAUAUAUUCGAAACAAUAGUUAG